AUGUGUGUGGAAUCGUUCUUACAAAAAAUCUCACUCACUGUCGAGUUGUCAAAGAUUUCUGACGCCGACGGCUCGUUGAGUGUGGAGAAAGUUGGAGGAAAGCCCUUGACUCAAGACAUGCUCGGAACUGGCGACGUAUACUUGCUGGAAACUGGAUCGGCAGUCAUCUACGUUUGGGUUGGACGUGGCAGCUCGAAAGCUGAGAAGCUUCAUGCCAUGAAUCUGGCUGUGAAGUACAUUCAGGAGAAGGGAUAUCCCAAGAGCACCAAGGUCGAAAGGAUUGUCGAGGGUGGAGAACCAGCGGUUUUCAAGCAAUAUUUCAAGACCUGGAGAGAGCCAGAAGACACGAUUGGCCUUGGGAGGGUGUACAGCAAGCGCCAAAUUUCUGCCCUGUGUGCCAAUAAACCGGAAGGUGACUUUGACAUUGCUGGCUUGCACGCGGAAAAACGGCGCCUGUUGGCGAAGAACUCUGGUAAGGCGUUUGGAUUCAUGCCCGAUGACGGGUCUGGGUCCGUGGAAAUCUGGCGCAUUGAGAACUUCGACAUGGUUCCUUUGGAGGCGGAAAAGCAGGGACUUUUCUUCGGCGGCGACUCUUACGUCCUGAAGUACACCUACGAGAAAGACGGGCGUCAGCACUACAUCGUCUACUUCUGGCAG